AGCGCGGGGCAGUGCGGGCGGACAAGAUGGCGGCGCUACAGCCGGGCGGCGGGGCGGCGCGGCGGGUGCGGGCGGUGCUGGGGCACCUGUCGGGCCCGGGAGCGGGCGCUGUGAGGGCCGUCCCGUGCGGGAGCCGCGCCGUGGCCUCCAGCCCCGAGGAUGUGGUGGUGGUGCACGGGCGGAGGACGGCCAUCGGCCGGGCCAAGCGAGGAGGCUUCAAGGAUACCACGCCCGAUGAGCUGCUGUCUGCCGUCAUGACAGCUGUCCUGCAGGACGUCCGCCUGCGGCCCGAGGUGCUGGGAGAUAUCUGUGUUGGAAACGUGCUGCAGCCGGGAGCUGGCGCUUUGAUUGCGAGAGUUGCACAGUUCCUAAGUGGUAUCCCAGAGACGGUGCCUUGCUCGAGUGUGAACCGGCAGUGCUCAUCUGGAUUACAGGCCAUUAUCAAUAUAGCUGGUGGCAUCCGAAAUGGGUCAUAUGACAUUGGCAUGGCCUGUGGUGUGGAAACAAUGUCCCUCAGAAGUGGAAAUAAUCCUGGUGAUAUCAGCUCCAGCAUGAUGGAAAACAGCAAAGCUCGCGAUUGCCUUAUUCCUAUGGGAAUAACCUCAGAAAAUGUGGCAGAGAAGUUUGGAAUUUCCCGAAAGAAGCAGGAUGCCUUUGCCUUGGCUUCCCAACAGAAAGCAGCAAAAGCUCAGCAGAUGGGACUGUUUAAAGCUGAGAUUGUUCCAGUGAAGACCACUGUUCUAGAUAACGAGGGCAACCAAAAGACAAUCACUGUGCACCAAGAUGAAGGGGUCAGGCCCUCUACGACCCUGGAAGGUUUGGCAAAGCUGAAGCCUGCCUUCAAGGAGAAUGGCAGCACUACAGCAGGUAACGCCAGUCAGGUCAGCGAUGGGGCGGCUGCCGUCCUGCUGGCAAAGCGCUCCAAAGCCAUGCAGCUGGGACUGCCCAUCCUGGGGGUGCUCAGGUCCUUUGCUGUGGUUGGAGUCCCCCCCGACGUGAUGGGCAUAGGGCCGGCCUACGCCAUCCCUGUUGCUGUGCAGAAGGCAGGUCUGACUCUGAAUGACAUCGAUAUAUACGAAAUUAAUGAAGCCUUUGCAAGCCAGGCUGUGUACUGUGUUGAGAAGCUGGGCAUUCCCAUGGAGAAGGUCAACCCCCUGGGAGGAGCAAUAGCACUGGGGCACCCACUGGGCUGCACUGGCGCUCGUCAAGUUGUCACUUUGCUCAACGAAUUGAAGCGUAGAGGGAAAAGAGCAUAUGGCGUUGUGUCAAUGUGCAUUGGAACUGGCAUGGGAGCUGCAGCAGUAUUUGAGUAUCCAGGGAACUGAACUCCAGCAUACUGACAGCCCAACACCGCAGUUCAUUCUCUGCCUUCUCCAGUACUAGCAGACGAUUUGCACUGUGAAAUCAAAUGGAUUCAGGGUUUUGUUACUAGAUCGACAAAUUUCAGGCACAAAGUGCAAAGUAGAAUAAAUCAUACGGGUCUGAUGUGCAAGUGGGAGAAUGAAAACCAGCACUUGCUUCAGAGCUGAGAAGCAACCUAAUGUGAGAAAAGGAAUGAGUUCAGCUGGAGUUCAAAUACAGGCCCUACGUUGAUGAUUACUAAUGAAUACUUCUCAUCUAAUUCAUCCCUUUCUGCUGUGAAUAUUAUCAGAGUGUAGUUCAUUGUACCCUUUCUUUGUACGACAAAUCUAAAACCACUACUCAAAAUGAAAAUGUCAUUGCAGAGGAAAUGGCUUUCCUAGGGUUUUCUUGAAGAAUUCACCAUCUUGAAGGAGGUCUGCCAAGGCUUGUUUUGAAAGCAGGGCAAAGACUUCACAUUUCCUUGAUAACCUAACUACUCCACCUGCCCAAUCUGUCGCAGCUUGGCUAAUGUCUUAAAGCCUCCAUAUGCUGCAGGAUGUGCUUCAGCUUUGUGUAUUUUAUCUUCAGCCAUGCUGCUCUCAGACUUCCAGUGGGGCAAAGUGGAAGGGCCAGAAAGUCAUUUACACAGGAGCAAGGUACAAACAGACUGUUGGGAUGCCUGAAUACAAAGGUGCUGAAGAAUUGGAUAGAAACCAGGAGUUUGAAAGUAGCCAUUCCAGCUUUUACAACAUAUUUCUGUGAGCUUCUAUGACUCUAACUUAGAAGACAAGUUUAGGCCUAGUGAGUUAUUUUUUAUAUAAAGCAGAUUUCAGCACUGCAUGAACUUCAGCAACGUCUCAGUUCUUCAGUGCUAAUACUGAUUUCAUCAUGUAAAACCUUACAUUAUCUGUUCUCUUUCUUGGGAACAAAAAGAUCACUGAAAUUCUCAGCUAAUGGACUGAAAAAGAAAUGCAGUAAUCAUCUUUGACGUGUUAGAAAGUUUAAAUUUCUAACAGACUGAGGUUCUUUGUCCUGGCUCUUGUUUUUGCACUUAAUAAUACAAUUGGUCCCUGCAGUAUGUUUGUAUUCUUUUUAUUUUGAUUGUUAUUUGAAGGUCAGGACUGGCUGGAGCUGUCUGAUAUUCUUACAUUCCGUUCCUGCAUCCAGUCUCACCCAACAGCCUCACAUGUAUUUAGAGCUCAAAGAUGGAAUUACUUAGGGGGGGUAGAGAGGCAGUAGUAGCUUCAGGGUCUUUUGUGCACACUAAGGUUACUUCCUGUGUACAAAGUAAGUUCUGCUUUAAAGCAGGCAGAAGGGAGAUAUCAUCUUCUGUUCUCUUCCAGUGUGGAUUGCAACCCCUUCCUCCCUUCACUCAAUGGGAGUAGAAAAGCUCAGAAGUGGGAAUUUCAGUGACCUUUAGCUAAAGUAAUACUAAAACCAUCUGAAGAGGUGUCUAAGUAAAUGGGAACCAUGGGGGAGGAAGGAAUUAAAAGGCAGAAGGGUUUCUCCUUCCAUCAGCUGAAGGGGCUCUUCUCAGUACCCAAGCAUGAUGAAACAUACAGGAGGCCAUGGGAAGUUAAGUUGGCUCUGUGGCUCUGCUCAUAUUCAUGGAAGGUGCUGAGAAAACAGCCCAGGAAUGCUGGCCUGUUCCCUAAUUCUUGCUAAUUUUAAUGUCAAACUGUUCCCCCCCCACCCUCCCCUUCAAAAAAAAAGGGCAAUACAAAAGUCUUUUUAAAGCAGUAGUUUCAACUGUAAUUUGCAGAGUAUUUUGCUAUGCAGCACUGCUUUGGCCUAAACCAUGGCUGGUUUGCAAUUUAAAACAUCAUUUUGCAGAGCCUGGCUCUGCAGGUAGUGAUAAGCUUAUCACAGCAAUACAAGUCAUAGCACAGGAUAGGAUUGUGACUUUUCAAAGUACCAUGAGUGGGUUUUUUUUGCUCCUCAUAACUUUUUAUUCUGCUAAAAUUUCAGUCCAUGUUUAACAGCUGAAAUAAAUGAAAGUACAGCCUCA